CACAGAGAACCUCCCUGUCAGCUGUGGCGUUAAAUAUCUCUUAUCUGUAGCUUAGCCAAGUCAAAUAGAGAAUAAAAUUAAGCUCCUGUGGGGUUUUCCGUUAUGGAUAAGAAUGCUACUCGAUACAAUGUCCAACUAUAUAUUUAUGAUUUAUCGAGAGGAAUGGCCCGCAGCCUCAGUCCCAUCAUGUUAGGAAAACAACUGGAGGGGAUCUGGCACACGGCUAUAGUCGCAUACGGAGAUGAGUUCUUCUUUGGAGGCGAGGGGAUCUCGAGCUGUUCACCGGGUGGAACGAUGCUGGGACAUCCGGACACGGUGGUGGAGCUGGGUGAGACCGAGGUGUCUGACGAGAUCUUCAUGGAGUACCUCUCGUCCCUGGGAGAAAGCACAUACAGAGGUGACAGGUAUCGUCUGUUUGAGCACAACUGCAACACCUUCACUAACGAGGUGGCUCAGUUCCUGACGGGCCGGAGCAUUCCAUCCUACAUCACCGACCUGCCCUCUGAAGUCCUCUCGACGCCGUUCGGACAGAUACUGCGGCCCAUCUUGGACUCGAUCCACAUCGCCCCUCCAGGGGGAAACGUCAUCAACGGGGGGAGAAACAUGUAAACUG